AUGGCGUGUUGCUUCAUCGCAAAUACUUUCUCCCGUCUCAUGGCGUUGCUUGUGGCUGGGACGGCGGGAGGGUGGGGAAAGGGGCGUUCUGCAGCUGGAGAUGGAGAUGCUGCCCUUGGGGGAGACACCAGCUCUCGGAGGGGGAACACGCUUCACAGAAAGGGGUUCAGCUGUCCCGGGACAAGCCGGGCUCACCCCAAAACCCAUCACCGAGGACAAGACCCGCGGGGCUGGGCUGAGACCAGCAUCGCUCGCUUACACAUUCCCUCUUCUCUCUUUUCCAGGAUACCGUUCAAGAUCGGGCAGCCCAAGAAACAGAUUGUACCCAAGACAGUGGAGAGAGACUUUGAAAGGGAAUAUGGAAAGCUUCAGCAAUUGGAAGAUCAGACCAAAAAACUUCAGAAGGAUAUGAAGAAAAGCACAGAUGCAGACUUGGCCAUGUCCAAGUCUGCUGUCAAAAUCUCUUCGGACCUGCUGUCGAACCCGCUGUGUGAACAGGAGCCUGGCUUUCUGGAGAUGGUCACAGCCUUCGACACAGCGAUGAAGAGGAUGGACUCUUUUAACCAGGAGAAGGUGAAUCAGAUCCAAAAGACAGUCAUAGAGCCUUUGAAAAAGUUCAGCAGCGUGUUCCCCAGCCUGAACAUGGCAGUGAAGAGACGGGAGCAAACGCUGCAGGACUACAAGCGCCUGCAGUCCAAGGUGGAGAAAUAUGAGGAGAAGGAGAGGACCGGCCCUGUCCUCGCCAAACUGCACCAGGCCCGUGAAGAGCUGAGGCCGGUGAAGGAGGACUUUGAAGCCAAAAACAAGCAGCUCCUGGAGGAAAUGCCCAAGUUUUAUAGCAGCCGCAUCGAUUACUUCAAACCCAGCUUUGAGUCGCUGGUGCGGGCGCAGGUUGUCUACUACACGGAGAUGCACAAGAUCUUCGGCGACCUGACGGCUCAAAUUGACCGGCCCGGCUUAAGCGACGAGCAGCGGGAGCGGGAGAACGACGCCAAGCUGAGUGAGCUGCGGGCUCUGUCCAUCGUGGCCGACGACUGAGCUCCGUGGUGGGAGGGUGGUGAUGGGGAUUCCCCCCCACCACCACCUCCAGGCUGCUCCCCAUCUCCUCCCUCCCAGGGAUGGAUGGGGGGGCUUUCAGCGCUGGCUGCUCUCUUUGCCCCAUGGCUCUGCCCUCCUGCCGGGACAAGGUAUUGCCUGGGGCAGGGGUGGGGGGCACAGCAGGGCCCCCCAUAGUCUGUCUAACCAUUUUCUGGAUUGGUUCUGCCCCCCCCAGCAGCCAGGCUUUGCUAUAAACAGGGGUUUGUAGGGAAUUGGCCACUGUAGCUGAAAAUGGGGAGGGGGAUGGGUACUGCCAGCCCCUAGCUCGAUGCCCAGCACACCUCAACCCUCCACCCCCCCACACGCCCCCCCCUGCCCAGGUCGGGAUGGGGCCCAGGCUCCUUGAUUUUCUAGCAGGAGGAUGGGGCCACUCCUGCAGCUGCUCAUUUUGUGCCUUAGAAGCUCAGUAACCCCCCCAGGGGGAGGGUAAAAGCCUUCAAGCCUUCAAAUUCUAUUUUUUGAAGCAUCAGAGAGCGGUGAAAGGGCUGCGCUUCCCCUGGCGAGCAUCAAGUGAUGCCAGGCUCUGAAUCCGCCCCAUUUGAAGCAGGAACAGGGCAAAGUGCCUCUGCCCCACAGCUGGGGGGUGCAGGGGGUGGACAUCUGCACCGCCCUGGGUGCGUGGAUGCCCCCUAAGGGCUAUAGGGGAUGCCCAGAGGAAGAUGGAGGGAGGGAUGCAAAAGGGAAUUGCAAACCCAGGGAUAGGCGAGGGGGUGUGGGGGGGCUCUCCAGCCCGAAUUGGGGUACAGGGGCUCCGUUGCUCUUCUCCAAUAAAGUUUUUGGCAGAGCAGGGCCGGGGUCUGUGUCGCCGGGAGAGGGACACAGUGGCAAGGCCGGGCUGCUGCCGCCCUCUGCUGCCAUCUGCCAGCCACUGCCACGCCGGGGGGACCCACGGGGUACAAGCUCCCCCCCAGUCCCUGGAGAAGGCUAAUGGCUUAAGAAAGGUAUUAAAGGGCUGGAGGGGGUUGGGAAGGAGAAAAGAGGGGUUGAAGAGUCACAGAAAGGAAACGGCCUCAACAAAGGACAAAAAAGGACAAUUUUACAGUUGAAUAUAGUGAAUUGAAGCUCAAGCUGGUGCCUUCCAGCAUACAGGGGGGGGGCUGCAGGAGCUCUCGCUGCUGCCCUCCAGGUCCUG